CUCAGGUGCCUCGAUGGUGGGGAAUGACUUGGUUCAUAAGACGGGAUCUUUUCGUGCCCUGUCUCCAAAUGGUACAUUCAUGAUCACUGUGGAGCGGAACUCCCUGCUAGUUUGGGAUAUGAAAACUCAAGGGCUUCAUUGAACUCUAUCGCUCCAGGGCACUAAGUCAGGUCCUGUGAAAGCCUUUAAUCACGAGAUGGAAUGAGAGUUAUAACAAUAACUUCAUCUUUCCGAGUGACUAUCUGGGAUGUUGAUUCGUGGAAUUCACUGCAGAGUGCUGUUCUUCCAAUACCUCAAAACCGUCGGUAUGAAAUCUGGCCAGCCACAAUGUCACCCGAGACAGGGAUGGUCGCCUUUGUAUUCACUGUUCCCACGGGCCAAAAGCGCAGCAUUGAGCUAUGGGAUAUAAGAUCUGGUAACCACAUCCGGACAAUCGAUUCCGAUGUGGACAUAUUCAAAUGCUAUAUUUCUCCCCAUGGUCGGCUGGUGGUUUCCGGUUGUGGUCGUGGUCAUGGUCGUACUGGCGAGAUCUGGGAUAUCAACACGGGUACCCUUGUGGCGGAGAUUCGGGGGGGCUUUGUUUCGGAAAUCUCUCCAAGUGGCGAGCUAAUUGCAACCGCGAGUGGUGGGUCAAUUACGCUGUUGCAUACAAAAACCAGGAAGAAGAUGGGAGAGAUCGAAAUGAGAAAGCUCAAGAUGGAUGGUGCUACCUUAUCAAAUCUAACCUUUUCCAGAGAUGAACAAUGGCUUUGUACGGAAAAGGGACUCGUCCGAGUGGCAUCAAUUACUGACCCAAACCUGGGCCCCAUGGGGAAAGAAAUCACUCUGAAAGAAGGUCGGGAGUGUCUUCUAGAGGGUGGAAAGGAGCUCAUCUUACUUCCUCGAGGUAACAGGCCUUUUGGAUUGGAAUGUGCGGAUCCCUCAGUCGCUCCGUACCACUCAGUUGCUCUGCACUAUCCUGGUGGGUCGGCUACUACAAUCGAAUUUGACAGUUCGGAACAUCGAACAGUCAGGGAUACUUCGGAAGCUUGAUUGGGAAAGGGUCUCUUGUUAUUUGAGGUAGCGUGUGGAGGUAAUGGGCUCUUUCUUUUGUAUUGUAAUAGUCGUGAUUUAUGGUAUGUCCUUUCACUCUAAGCAACGUACCACCUCCUGGGUUGUUGGCACAUGCAACAGAGAUUGUCCUCAUUGGCUUCAGCUUCUCUUCCGGUGAGUGGUUUUUUGACUCGUAAUAUAACAUGUCUCAGAUGUGAAUGGAAAGGGUUUGUUAGUCGCUGCGGCUAGGUACUAGUGUAGCUUCGUGGGUUGGGUCUCGACUUAGCGUUGGCAACUAAAGAUGAACGGUUAUAGGGUUGGUUAGGUUAGGCUGGUUUUGAACGAGACAGAGGAGCGUCCUUGAUCUGGAGGUUACUGG